AUGACUUCCGUGGUGUCCCUUGACAAUGCAACAUUUAUUCGGCCCUCUGCAUUUUACGUCAGUGGAUUGUACAACAUGCCACAUUCAAAGUAUUACUAUAUGUUUUUAUGCUUUGUGUUUGCUGUGACUGUUUUAGGGAAUUCUUUUAUAAUGGGUACUAUAUACCUGGCACGUAGUCUACACACAGCAAAAUAUAUAGCUGUCGUCAACUUGGCCUUGUCUGAUCUGUGUGGAAGCUCUGCUCUUAUUCCUAUGUAUGCAGACAUGUUUCUGUUAGAGAACCAGUACAUAUCUUAUGAAGACUGUCUCACAAGCAUGUUUUUUGUUUUUCUCUUCAUGAGUCUUCAAUCUUUUACUCUGCUUGCUUUGUCCUUUGACAGAGUAAUUGCUAUAUGUUUUCCUCUGCGGUAUCAUGCUAUUGUCACCAAAACCACAAUGACUCUGAUUAUUGGUGUUUUGUGGGUUAUAUCUGUCACUAUCAAUGGUGUUACUGUAGCUCUAAUUGACAGACUGUCCUUCUGUAGAUCUACCACAGUUGACAGUUAUUUCUGUGACCAUGGCCCUGUCAUCAAACUAGCCUGUAAUGAUAAUACUCCUAAUUACAUGAUGGCAGAUACCUAUAUUAUUUUAGUUCUUUGCAUUCCAUUAACACUAAUAGCUUUCUUAUAUGUUUGUAUUGGUGUUGCAUUGCUUAAAAUUGCACAUGGAGCUGAUCGUAUUAAAGCUAUGAAAACAUGCACUUCCCACCUCAUAUUAGUGGCCAUGUUUUAUCUACCAGUCUUUAGCAUUUAUAUGUUGACUCUUACAACAUCUGUACCCAUAAAUACUAGAAUAUUUAACUCAGUCCUAACACAAGCAAUUCCACCCAUGUUAAACCCCAUCAUAUAUACUCUGAAGACAGAGGAGGUAUUGCAGUCUAUUAAAGUACUCUACAAACGAAUCAAGGUGAACUUUGCAAUGGAGGAUCCUGUAAAAAGCACUGCAAAGAAUUAA